GGAAAUCUAAGCAUGGUUGAUUGAUACUGUACCUAUCAUUGAGCAAGAGUGGAAGACCAGUGCACGCGAGCUGACCAGGAUGCCCCUUCCCACGCUUUGCUUCCAUUCUCCUAAUCUUGUCAAUGGACAAAUGCACUGUCGACCACUCACACUAGGACCGUUUUACGACUUACCAAUGCUCUUUUAUCCGGUCUUGAGUCACGAGAACGACAGGUCUGCAAAUCCAUUGCUGAUGGGAUAUUAAAACCCCCCAGAUAACCCCUCCUGCCCCUCUAUUGCUUCAAACUCAUUUUCUGCUCUUCUAGCCAUCUCAAGAAGGAUCAGGACACUGACUGGACUUCGACACGAUCUACACCUCUAACUUCGGUUCACGGACUGUGACAGGCAGGUUCGGUCUUCUGCGCUAUUCACGGCUUCCCGCUUUUCUUUGAGCACGGCUGCGUCCUCGUAAAGGAAUCUGAACUGAGCAUCAACUACGUCACGCCGAACCUAUCGAUCUUCAAAGACUACAGAGCCGAGAUCAUCAACGACGCUUUGACUCGAACGUUGUGGUCAUUGAUAUCACAUGAGCCCUUGCUUUCCCUGGUACAAGUACGAGUACUAAGUAUCAACAACUGGUCAUUGAUAUUUCUUCUGCAUUUAUCACCUUGGCACUUCAACAACACAAACAUACCAUCUCUACAACAAGAGAAACGCAACUCCUGACCCACCUCAGCCUCGUCAACGACACCCUUCACCACCCUCUCAAGCAUAACCAGCAAACAACCAUCCUCCCACGAACAUUCCUAAACACAUCUUUGGCUAGAAAAACGGAAACAAAAUGUUUUUCAAACAGUCAGGCUACAAACCACGCACCCUCUCCGGAUCAUCUGAAGGAUCAUCCGGCAACAGAGCUGGAAGUCCUCCCAAAGAUGCCGGCAGCAAUAACAAGACGACUUCCGAAGCCAAGGGACCAGCGGCUAGUCCGGGCGCGGCAGGACGAAGAAGGUCCAGUGCCAACGCAGAAACCAAAUUCGCCGGCCUCAAUGCCACGAAGCGCAGCAGCGUCGACGAAAGGAGAGCAAACUGGGCUGACCAGAAGCCCGGGUCGCCCGGGAUGUUGCAGGGCAUGUGGAACAGCUUUACAAAGGGAACUUGAUCCUGGGACUUGAGGAAAUUUGUGAAUGACUAGUAGUGACGACUGACAAUAGCAAGACGACGAGACAGGGAAGAAAAAGGACAUCGCACGUUCUUCUUCACACGGCGUUGAGGCGCAAGCACAUACGAUUGAUAGGGCUGUCGAGGGGAAGGUAUCGUGAAAAGGGAAAUAUUUGAGGCGCGAGAUAUGUUAUUACUAGUGUCACUGGAACAGAAAAACCAGCACUAUAUCAGGAUGAGACGACGCUGAAAGGGGAUAUGGUAUGAAAGGAGUCUACAUUUUGCAACAUGUAUAACUAUAUUCAUAGUUUGCCACUGGGUAUUUGAUUCACA